UUCAGUAUUUUAUUUCUAAUUUCCAUCCUACUCUACAUUAAUAUACUGUUGUCGGGUUUGUCUGCCCGUCAUCUGUCAUUUUCUUGAGGAAACCAGCGGCGCUUGUUUAGUCUUGUCUCUCUCUCCUAUUUGUACUUUACCUCAGGUCGAUACAAGAAAUGCCAUGGAACCUGUACGGAAAUAAAACUCCACUCUAACAUACAUGGAGGACACUGUAGACUUCAAGGCCCUGAGGGCCAAGUUUCAUUCUCAGACAGAAAGGGCCACCUCUAGUGGUGGAGCUUACGCCAGGCCUCACAUGGCUGGUCAUUUGCCAGUGACGUCAGACAAUGGACUGGUCCGAAGCAAGCUUCCACCUGCGGCUCCAAAGCCAGUGUUUCCAGUGAACCCCAGCACUGAACUCAAGAAACCUCAAGGAGUGUUUCCCAAACCUCCUCCCUCUCACCGCGUGGGAGCUAAACCACCUGAAGCUAAAGAGGAUCCUAAACCGCCUGUCAAUGACUCUGAGAACAUAAGGAGAGUAAAACUGACAGGGGAACUUCUCCAGAACAAGAUGCUGCAACAUCUUGAGAAGAAGCCCCAGUCAUUACCCAGAUUACAACUGCCAAGCCAGAAGAGCGUGUCAGAGGUAGCACCCCUGAGAAAACCCAUUCCCAAUGUCGGACUACGACCUACAAAGCCAAAACGACCCCCGUCUGUCAGCCUGGAUCGUUUCCGUGUAAAAGGUCUUGCCCUUCAACCCACAGUCCAUCAAGAUACUAAAACACUUGAGGGGCCACCUCGACCACCAAAAACAACCCUCCUGUCUGCAACACUGCCCAUUCCACAGAGAAACAUCGAACCCGAACAGGACACAUACGAUGACAUCGAUUUGCCCCCGCCUCCACCUCCCCCUCCUAAACCAUCUUCCAUUGAAUCAUGGACGAGCAGUUUCUCAUCUCAGGCUGAUGAGGAGAGUGAUCAUAGCGAAAUCUAUGAGUAUAUCGAGGAUCAGGAGGAGACUGCACAGUCUGCGGUCUCAGAGAAGAAAAAACAAAAGGAACACAAACGACAGCAAGAAGUGGAAAAGAGAGAGCAAAAAGAGAGGCUGAAGAAAGAAAAUGAGUACAGAAAAAGAUUCAAACUGACUGGAGAAGUCGAGGUGCUCCACGUAGCUCGGGUGAGGGAGGACUGGCAAGGCGGGAAGAACGAUCUGCGUGUGCGGCAGGGAGAGUCUGUGGACAUCGUACGUGUGAAGAACAACCCAGAGGGAAGAUGGCUGGCCCGAAACAUGAAUGGGGAAUAUGGAUAUGUCAGUAACAUAUGUGUUGACGUGGACUAUGAAGAAAUAAAGCGAAAGAUUCGCAGUGCUGCUGCUCCUCCUCCGCUUCCUCUUCCUGUCCCUGAGGACGAGGAUUUCUACGACGAUGUCGGCAAAGACCCACUGAACAGCAGCCUAAAUGUGAGCGGUGAGGUAUAUGAUGAUAUUGAUCAUGGCAUACCAGAUGAUUUCCCCCUACCCCCUCCGGAGAUAUGCCAAGACCCCAAAAAAAGCAAGAAGCUAGAGAAGGAGGAAAAGGAGUUCAGAAAAAAGUUUAAGUUUGAAGGUCCCAUUAGAGUUCUUUGUUGCAUGAUGGUGGAUCCAAACGCCAACAUCAAGAAGGGCAGUGGGAAGGACCUGACUGUUGUGCAGGGGGAAAUUCUUGAAGUCAUUCAGCAGACUAAUGAGAAGAAAGUACUCUGUCGCAAUGAACAGGGCAAAUAUGGAUAUGUUCCUAGACAUUACCUCCUGCAUGAGGAAAAUGACAUAUAUGAUGAUAUUGACAACAUGACAGACAUUUAUGAUAAUGAUGUCACUGGACCAGCACCACUGCGGUCUUGACGGCCAUUAACUAUGCUGUAAUGGAGAAGAUGGAUGUAAAAGAGGACCUGAUGAUACUCGUUCAUGCAUCUUGAGGACAUGAGGACAGGAUGGAGGAUCAGGAGGCUCAUUCAAGAAAAUGUUGUACACUGAAGAAAUAAAUACGUGUUUGUUUGUUUGUUACUAAUCUGAUAUUUUUACAUUCUUACAUUUCAUAUUACUAAUACAAAUUAGCGACCACCUAAUACCAGUUGGAGUUCAGCUAUUAAUUGCAGAACAUAUAUUCCCAUAAACAAAUUGCAAAUGCCCUUCUGUUUUUGUUAGCAUGUCUUUAGGAAAAUCAUACUUUUUUUCACAAGUGAUCUUAUUAAACAGAAAACUAUCACAUAAGAACUGACUGUCUCCGUAAGGUUGCUAGGGGCCAAUCAUUUUUGAAGCAACACUAUCUUGAAUAUAAAAAUAUACUUUUUUAGAAGAGAUAGCAGACAUUAAUGUGUUAACGGAGGACAAAAGAAUUUGACUAAUUGUCUUAAGAAAUAA